GCAGCCCCGCCGGAACUAACCCUUCACGUGUGGAUUGACAAUCUGCGUAUCACAGGGCCACGUAAAAGUGUGGAGUUGUGGGGGAACACGAUUAUGGGAAAUAUGCGCGAUUGCGGUGCGACGGUGGGAGAGCACGAGGCCCUCACCGCGCGAUAUGAAUUCAUAGGGGUUUGUUUCAACUACACGGCUAAGACAGCAUCCCUCAGUCAGAAAACGUUACGGAAAUUAAAGGGAGUCACACCCCUCCACAAGAUUUCGGUGGAGGAAUUGGAAAGCCUUACGUCACGUAUGGUGUAUGCUGCGGGGGUUCAGGGGGGUUCGCUUUUUCGCCAUUAUUUCUUCUUGAAAAUGGUGCGCAGAAGACUUUCACGACUUAAAAGCGGGCCGGCAGACGCACAAGAUCCGACAGCCCCACCCCCUUUGCCCUUAAGGUGGGGCAGAAAUGGCUGGACACUCUGUUACAGAACAAUCCCGUAA